GACGCUAUGUCGCAAAACAGGAAGUGUCGAAAAGUUGUAAACCUGCUUAACGACAGUUGUGGACAGAUACACGUGUGGUACGAGGUGUUUUAAGCGAUAAUUGUUUAUCAGGAUGGCGAAGAGUUUGCGCAGCAAGUGGAAGAGGAAGAUGAAGGCAGAAAAAAGAAAGAAGAAUGCUCCCAAAGAACUGACACGGCUCAAAGCUGCGCUGGCUCAGGGAGAAAAAGGGGAGAUCACAAUGAAAGAUGUAGCUGAGAUUGCCACAGUGGUGCCGGCUGAGAAGUUGAUGGAGGCGCAGAAGGAAGAUGCGGAUGCUGGAAAAAUGGAUAUAGACUGUAAACGCAAUAAGAAGACGAUGCUGGAUGAUCAAGGACGGUACCCUGUCUGGAUGAGCCACAGACAAGUAAAAAAGUUUAAGGCUAAACGCACCGGCAAGAAAGGAAAACCAAAAAAGGGCAUGGCCUGGUAGAUGAACUAAACCUGUUUGUCUGUGGACGACAUUCCUGGGCCGGCUGUACAGGAACCUUGCUGUGUAUCAUUGUCAUGCGCAAUUUGUAAAAUCCUGGAUUGUGAUUGUUAUGCAGCCGUGUGCAGAGAAACGCUUGUUAAAUGAUCUUUUACCAACAAGCACUGUUUGUUGAUUGUGAAUGCAAGAUGCGACUGGACCAUAAUUUGAAGUUCUUCAAUUCACAAAUAUAGAAAGAGUCAAGUUUCACAUGGCUGAAUCUCCAAAUAAAAUAUGGAUACAUUAAUGUGUUUUUUUAUCUCUGUCACUAUGUUUGUCUGCUUUAUUUUUGAGUUGUACAGUAGUAAGUGUAUACUUUAAUUGCAGACAUAUUCAUGGAUAAAAUAUUUCUUUAUCUUAAUAAAUACAAUAACCAUAA